AUGCAGCCCCCGCAGUAUCCAUUCCUUGAAGGACAACAUGUCGAGGGCAGCGAAUUCACUGCUCCCUCGAUGAAUGCUCCCUCGUUCGAUGGUAUGGAUGCGGCGUCGGGUCAUCUUACGCUGGCCGAUGCCCUCAACGUCUAUCAGUAUGGGUCCUCUCUCACCGGUCAAGAGCCCAUACCCCAGUCCUCCGAUCGUGGAUUUUCAUCGGUCAUCGCAUCGUCUUCGCCUUACGCCAGUUCUGGUGAACAGCUUAAUUCAGCUUCGUCGGGGAGAAACUAUCACGGAUCAGAGUCCACCCAGCCGUACACGCAGUCGCAGCACCAAUGGGCCGACCAGCAUCAGGGAAGGGAAGCAUUGUAUCCAAUGGGGAGCCAAUCGAUGGGCUUAUUAGAUCCCGGCUUCCAAGACGCCAUUCGCGAGGCCGAUUAUUCAAAUCCACAGCCAGUAACUCCGCUGUCUUACCUUUAUCCACGCGGCGAGCCUUCAAGUACUGCCCGGCACGAGCGUCGCCCAAUGUCAAACGAUGGUGCUCCAGCUUCCUAUCCGGUUUCGGGUGCACCCGGUGGUGUCGUUCCCCAGCCUAUUCCGAACUUGCCCAACUCAGGAUUGACCAUACAUUCAAUGUCGAAUCCAACCGGGUUAGCCCCAAACACCCCCCAACAAUAUCCCCAGUUCAAUCAAGGCUCACUCCUUGGUGAACGUCCCCAAGCCCACCCUCCACCUUCCCAGAAUCCUUUACCGACGCCUACCUCGAACCUCGCCUCUUCCGCUGUCACAGGCUCAAUUCCUGGUCACCACCGUCCCUCCCAGCAUUUAUUUCCAGGGCCUAGCUCAAACCCCGCUCCUCCCGUUACAGUGAAACGCUCAACAUCUGGUCGACGUCGUCAGUCCACCCGCGAAGUCGCGACGCAGUCAGACUCGAAUCCCCCAGCAAUUCAAGGGCAAGCCCGGACGACUAGUACCACAUCCACGCUCCGUACUCAGAUUAGUCAACCGCUUGGCCAGGGCCAACCCACGUCGACGAGUCGUCGUGGUAAGUUUACUGUAUGGGUUUCGACGGAGCCGAUUCCGUCGGAUGUCGACGAGGUCCAGGUUGGGCAAGUUCUGGGGUCUACCAUUGUUCACAAAAAGGCCCAGGGCAACCAACCGUCUGUUCUGUUCGUCAACCACACGCCGGACACCCUGCGCAGUAAAUAUGAGCCCAAAGACGAAGAGACCACAGCAGCUACUUCUUCAUCUGCUCCAGCCCCCACCUCAGGCAAUGGCGGGGCGGAAGCGUCCACCUCGUUGCCCACCUCGUUGCCAGCCCAUCUUCGAGAGAAGUUACUUGAUCCGAAAUUUCUGGAGCGCUUGGGCAAGUCGGAUCCUCGUUCAAUAACCACCAUCACCGACAUCUUCCAGACGUUCCACGACAAACUCACCGAAGAACUGGCGAGAACCGCUCCGACGUGCAUACAGCAGGAGCCCUUAAAGGAAGCGAAGACCAUUCUCAUUUCCUGGGGCCUGCAGUACGUCUUGAACAAUAUGACCACUGGGAUGAUCGUCUCGCAAGAGGACCUCGAGCAGAGCCUUACAAAGCGCCUCAACAGUGGCGAUGUCAUCGGGCAUGUGUGCCAGGCUUGGAAAGGUGCCCAUAGCAAAGUCGCUGAGAGUCGCUCGCGUUCUGGAUCCACUCCGACGUGUCGUCGCCCGCGAUCGACAUCUCCGUCCCGGAUGAGUCGACCACGCUCGGUAUCAUCUCCAGGCUUAAAUGCUCGCCCUCGCUUAUACUCCCGUUACUUCGCAACCGACGACUAUACCCUCCACUUCUCGCCCGAGGUGGCCAAAGAAAUCAAGGAACAUCUCCUCACCGACUUAAGCAUUUUCCUCACCGACAAUGUCACGGCCCCGUUCAUUGAGGGCAUGGUGGACCACGCCCUUCGCCUGCUCGUCGACCUUUUCCCAGAACUCAGACGCUUCUUCGACUCGACUGCGGGUUUUGACAUCACCGAUCUGAUCAAUGUCAUCCUCAAUAUUGCUCUGAGUGGAUGCUACAUGCACUACUAUGGGACGAAGCCCGACGGCGUUGAUCUCCCUUUCAUGCAGACUGAGUACCAGCCCCAUCCCACUACUCAAGAGUCUUUCCAGAUCGUUCUUUGCCUCAGGGCAAACACGAUGGUCGCCAAGAACCGCGAGCCUUACGUUCUGCAUUUCCGAAGCGGUGGGGUGGUCGCGCUAUUCACCUGGAUGGUGAGGGGGUUCCGAAGCCUCGUCGGUAGCAGCCCCAAUCCUGUUCUGGAGCGACUCGCUGGUCAGGGAUGCCACCCACCCCUUGAUCAGGACUUUAUGGAUCAAGCUCUGGUUCUUCCAAUCGCCAUCAUGAGUAUGGCACUGUAUGGUUGCUAUCACUUUCGCAGCCUAAACGUCAAGGGUAGUGAGAUACUCGAAAGCGAACAGUGUCGGAAUGUACUUUCCCGCAAGCUGGCUACUGCAGGGAGCGCCUUGAGGACAUUCGUCAAGGAAGACCCCGUCGAGUAUGCCGAACUACGCCGCCAUCUCCUUCAUUGUGUCGACAUGUAUACGACUCCGGCGCCGAUACCCGCACCUCUCGAUCUCGGCCUGACCUGGACAGUCGGCAACGCCGUGCACCUCAACUUUGGACGUCCACUCCUUGCACACGCUAGUCAUGUCGCCCUUCACGAGGAGCAUGAGAUGGAUGAUACAGAUGGCGACUCUGUGUCCACCAACGCCGUAACCAGCCACCUCGCGAACAUCCCCGAUCCUGACGCCUUCCUCAUUCCUCGCUUCGACAAUCGUCCUUCCGCUCAACGACGUCGCCUCUUCGAAGCCCUCAGACCUCCUGAGCCCCGUCCAAUCAUUCAAGCCCGAAAGCGGCGGCGGAGCAAUUCGCUAUAG